UUUUCUUAAUUUUUUUUUUUUUUCAAUAUCAUAAUUUCAAAACAAUAUAUAAAAUUUACUAAAAAAAAAAUACACAUUACAACAUACAAAUUUACAAUAAUAAUUUAUAAAACAAAACAUACUUCAAAAUUUAAAUUAAUUAAUCCUAAAUACACGGAAAAAAAAAAAAUUUGAAAAGGGGCCGCCCAGAUCUGGGCGACUCCUUUUGAAAAUUUUUUUUUUCUUUUGCAACUAAUUAAAUUAAAAAUAACUUACCUCGAUUAAUAAUUUGGGGAUUGUACUUAAUUUUUGCUCCGAAAUUUAGCUUUAGUGAGUUGGUUUUUAGUUGUAGUGAGAAUAAUUUUAGUUGGAGUGUGGUAUAUAUAGAAAUUUUACCUUUAAUGGCAAUAUUGUUAUUUUUUAAAAAACUAAGGGUAAAAUAGUAAUUUACUCAGGGGGUGGCGAUAAAAUAAAAAGGGUGGCGGAAUAUAAGGAUUGGGUCGUAAAAACUUUGGUGUUAAUGAUGAAAAUAUGUUUAGUCUUCAUCAUUAUUACUUCCUCCGUACCAUAAUUUGAUUACAAUAUUUAUAGCCUUCACUGCACUGUCCCUAUUUUGAAGCUUUUUGAAAUUUUAUAGUUUAGAUCCGGUAUUAGUCUUUCUGGCUAAGAGGAUCUAUUGGUUCUUAAAAAUUGUUAUAACUAAUCUAAUGAUACUUUAAUACUUGGAUACUCCUUUCUAUUCCUUACUAUUGUUUCAUUUUAUUUUUUAUACUAUUUAUCGAUCACUUUUAAUUUUUAUUUUAUUUUUUAUCUAAAAGUUAAAUAUAGUGAGGUGGAAUCUUAUUUGAUUUCUUUAGAUGUAAAUUUUAUAUUACUUAUGAUCCCCGCAUGUUUUUCAUUAAUUUUAUUUAAAUUUUUUUUAUAGUUGUAGUUUACAUAUAUUUUUCAGCAACUUUAUUUUAAUAUUUUUUUAAUACUUAUGGUCUUACUUUUUUUCUAAUCGAAUUUAUAAUGUAACAAAAUAGUAAUGCAUCUUCCAUCCAAAAGAUUUUAUUAAUCUCGUAAAUAUUGCUUGUGAGAACAAAUUCAAGAAACGGCCGAAGUAUAUAGUAUAGGAGUUAUUUCUCCUCUUGAUCUCCUUCCCUCCAUUGUUCUCACUUAUCUUAUAUGUAUACAAAUAAGAAAAUAUAUCAUUUGAUUUCCCUUUUGCUUUUGUUCAAUUUCUUCAAUCUAUUUUCAUUCAAAGAGCAUAAAAGAACAUACACACAAGGUAUCUAAGCAAGAAUUGGCCUACUAAAAAAAUGAGAAAAAGUCAAAUUCCACUCAUAUGUCUCCUUUCCUUUACACUCUUUCUUAACUGUCUAGCAUUUCCUUUUUCUUUAACUUGAAACAUUAAUCAUAGAAGAAGCACUUACUAAGUAAACAUUACAUCCAAUUAUUUGCAUAUAUCAUGAAAUCUAAUAUGGUAGAAUUAGAAGCUCAACAUCAUCAUCAUCAUGAUAAUCAUGAUGAUCAGCACCACAAAGAAGAAGAUCAAAAAAGAAGAGGUUGUCGACCAAUAGCAUGCUUGCUUGGAUUCCCUUUUGCUAUUUCUGCCUUCCUUCUUUCUCUCGCUGGUGGCAUUGUUUGGAUUCUUGGGUCAUUAUUAAGUUAUGUGUGCCCAUGUUUAAGCUGCUGUGCAGAUCUAGCAAAUAAAGCCAUGGAUAUUAUAAAGCUUCCUAUUGAUGUUUUUAGAUGGUUCAUUGAUAAGAUCCCUUGCUAAAUUUCUUGUAUUUAUUUUGCUUGUAAUUUUAGUAUAGCUUAAUAUUUGGCAUGUUCCCAUGCCAUGUGAUUCCAUUUUCUGUCUGCUAGCUGUUUGUGUACUGAAAAUGAGUCUUCGAUCUAAGCUAAGUCUAUCCUUUU